UAGUACCGGAAGUAGUAUCAGUAUUAUGAGUCAGAGUUUAGUGGAAGCCUUUAUUGUGACACCAGCGGAAGUUGACAGUUAGCAUACCACAGCUAAGUCAACCCGGAGUGAGUGUGUGUGUGUGUGUGUGUGUUCAGGUGUGAAAAUGUUACCUUUAUCAGUAAAAGACGACGAGUACAAACCUGCCAAGUUCAACCUGCUGGUGAAGCUCUCGGGAUGGUUCAGGUCGAUCCUCGCUGAUAAAACCUCCAGGAAUCUGUUCUUCUUCCUCUGCCUCAAUCUGUCCUUCGCCUUCGUGGAGCUGACCUACGGCAUCUGGAGUAACAGUUUAGGUCUGAUCUCAGACUCCUUCCACAUGUUCUUUGACUGCACCGCCCUGCUGGCAGGUCUGGCAGCCUCCGUCAUCUCCAGGUGGAGAUCCAACGAUAGCUUCUCCUACGGUUAUGUUCGAGCAGAGGUUCUGGCGGGCUUCGUCAACGGACUCUUCCUCAUCUUCACAGCAUUCUUCAUCUUCUCUGAAGGAGUCGAGAGAGCUCUGGAGCCUCCUGAUGUUCACCAUGAGCGGCUGCUUCCUGUCUCUGUUGCCGGACUGCUGGUUAAUCUGGUCGGGAUCUUCGUUUUCCAGCAUGGAGGCCACGGACACUCACAUGGAGAGGAAGGUCACGGACACAGUCACUCUCUGUUUAACGGCAGUCUGAAUCACGGACACAGUCACGGAGGACACGGCCACCAGAAACACGGACACGGACACGGAGGACACGGACACAGUCACGACGGUCAUGGACACAGUCAUGGAGGACACGGACACAGCCACGAGGAGCCGCACUGUCACGACGAGCUGCAGCACACGCCGGGGAAAGGUGCCAGUAAACAGAUCCUGCAGGGCGUCCUGCUGCACAUCAUCGCUGACACACUCGGCAGCAUCGGCGUCAUCAUCUCCGCUCUGCUGAUGCAGAAAUACGACCUCAUGAUCGCCGACCCCAUCUGCUCCAUGCUGAUCGCCCUCCUCAUCGGAGUCAGCGUGGUGCCAUUACUGCGAGAGUCCAUCGGGAUCCUGAUGCAGAGGACGCCGCCUUCACUGGACCACGCCCUCCCUGAGUGUUACCAGAGGGUGCAGCAGCUGCAGGGAGUUUACAACCUGCAGGAGCCGCACUUCUGGACCCUGUGCACUGACGUUUACAUCGGAACCCUGAAGCUGCUGGUCGCCCCCGACGCCGACACCCGCUGGAUCCUCAGCCAGACACACCACAUCUUCACACAGGCGGGGGUCCGGCAGUUGUACGUUCAGAUCGACACGGCGGCGAUGUAGAAGCUCCUCCUCCUUCUAGACUCUGGGACCAAUCCAUGGUGACCUUUGACCCCGGGGUCACUGCAGGACAGACUGGGGGGGGCGGGGCUUACAGAGAACUGUGAACUCAAAUGGCCCCUCCCCCUGUUUUUGUUUUUUUAACCUGUUGGCGAGCAGCGGGGGUGGGGGCGGGGCCUUAGCCCCUGUAUAGCCCUGCCCCCUCCCCCGCAGCACUUUGUAGACUGGAGCAAAGCAUUCUGGGUAAGUGCCUUCAUCAUGAAUCAGAGACAAUCUGACCCCGCCCCCACCGCCGCUCCUCUGACAUCACUGCUGGGACCAGACCGCUGCCAGCUGAUUGGUCCAUGGUGUGUGUGAUGUCACUCUGUUUUUACGUGCCAAACCAUGUGAUCAGACCAUGUGACCAGUCAGUGGAUUUCAGUCUUUUUUCAACUGUAAUAAAUGAUUCUGUUUCUGAAGUGAA